GACUAGUAGAGAAUAUAUUUUUCAAUAACCCGCCGCCUCUCGGCCCCUUUAUUAUAAAUAUGAAGAUCGGCCCGAUCCCACCUCUACUUUUAUCUCUCCUUCGUAUUGUGUUUGCUGUUUCCUCACCGCCGUGCGCCUCCCUUCUCCGCUACCGAAGGCAAAAAAGCUAUGGAACAUCAGCUGCGAUUAAGAGAUUCCAUUGCCCAGAGUUGUUUAAGAUCUAAUCACCCCAUACUCUGCGAAAUCUGCUUCGGAGACAAUCCCCGUGUCACUGAGGCACCUUAUGAUUACUUUUGCAAAACAUGCGUGCGACCUUUCACAAGGUUUCGGUGGAGACCUUUUAAGGAUGGAAGAUAUAAGAAGACUGAGAUCUGCAAACCUUGCUGUGGGUCGAGAUUGAUUUGUCAAGGUUGCAGUAUUGAUCUAUUUAGUUUGUUGCCGGAUCAAGUUCGGGACACUGCAGUUCAUAUGUCUACGAAUCAUGCUGUUAUGGUGAAAGCUGAUGAUCCACUAUUAGAAGCACAGGACCACUUUGAAUCACAUCCUUAGAGAUUCUAACCCACACUGCCCACACCUUAUGAUUUGCAUGCGACGCCUUUUGGUUUGGUAUCUCAUAAACGAUUCCAAUGUUAACGCUCUACUUUUGAUCUGACUGUUCUUCCAUUAUGUCAUUUCCAUAGGUUGACUUUAUUGAUACAUGCCCUUGAUUAUUGCUAGAUUGUUGCGAAUUUAAAGUUGGGCAACCAUUUAAUUGUUGGGAAACCAUUUUGCGUGACGUAGUAAUUAAAGUUGGGCAACCAU